GUACACAGUGGCCUCAUGGCGAGCUCCACAGCCUUGUCGUUUCUCUGUGUCAUGCUUCUUUUCUCUCUAUGACUACUCUACCCACUUUCUCUCUGGAUAAUGUUUUGGUCCUCUUUUGAUUGGAACUGAUACUUUUUUUCUGACCAGACAGACCAGACAUUGUGGAUAUUAUUUUUUUUUCUGAGCAGGAGAAUGGCCUUAAGACCACGAGAAGUUUUCUCUUUCAAAGACUCAGAACUUCCCUCCCACCUUCUUGCCCAGCUCAACAUCCUCCGUCAGGAGCGUAUCCUGACAGAUGUCCUGCUCUGCACUGAGCACCAGGAGAUCCCCUGCCACAGGAACGUCUUGGUGUCCAGCAGCCCAUACUUCCGCGCCAUGUUCUGCAGCAACUUUCUGGAGAGCAGUCAGGCCCGAGUGAAUCUGAAGGGAAUCUCUUCAAAUGUCCUCAGUGGCAUCGUGGACUAUGUCUACACAGGCUGCAUCACUAUCACCAUGGAGUUUGUGCUCCCACUCAUGCAGGCAGCCUCCAUGCUUCACUAUGGAGGACUCUUUGAGGCCUGUUCCAUGUUCCUCCAGGAGCAGCUGAGUCCAGAAAACUGUCUGAGCAUGAUACGACUCUCUGAGAUCCUUCACUGUGAAAGUUUGAGGGAGAGGGCGAAGGAGAUGGCUGUGAGGUGUUUCUCUGAUGUAGCUGCUACAGAGGACUUCUGUGAGUUGUCUCUUCCUGAGCUCAUGUGUUACCUAGAAGACGACCGACUUUGUGCUGAGGAGGAGCAAGUGUUUGAGACCCUCCUGGCAUGGAUCCACCAUGACCCGUUUUCACGACGUGGCGCAAUCCAUGAUCUCUUCAAGAAAGUCCGCCUUCGCUACAUCCAUCCAACUUACCUCUUCCAGUUCAUUGCCAAUGACCCACUGGUGCAGUCCUCCACCCUCUGUACGGAAAUAAUCGAGUCAGUGCGCCGCCUCAUGCUUACAGUCAGCACCAAGUGUAGCCGCGAGCUCAAGCCACUUUGGACCACACCACGACGUUACACCUGCAGAGAAACACUGGUGGUGGUUGGAGGACGCAAAAACAAUGAGCAGACCUCACGAGAAGCCCUACUAUAUGAUGAAAGGACUCAUCGUUGGCAGUGGUUGGCCAAGCUCCCCCUGCGCCUCUACAAAGCUGCAUAUGUGUGUAUUCAUAGCAUCCUCUAUGUGCUUGGUGGGCUCAGCCUCUGCAUGACAUCAGGUGACAGCUCAGUCAGCGCCACAGUUUACACACUGUCCCUGAAGACCAACCAGUGGCGAACUGCUGAGCCCAUGUUGGAGCCACGAUAUGCCCACCAAAGUGUGUCCUAUCUGCACUUUAUUUUUGUGUUAGGAGGCAUUGGGGUAGACAAGAAGAUCUCUCAGUCAGUAGAGAGAUAUAACAGUAUGUUUAAUCAAUGGGAGGCCAUGGCACCAAUGCCCACAGCAGUGCUGCAUCCAGCUGUUGCAGCCAGUGAUCAGAGGAUCUAUGUUUUUGGAGGAGAGGAUGCCAUGCAGAAUCCAGUCAGGCUGAUUCAGGUGUAUCACAUCUCUCGCAACUUGUGGUCCAGGCUAGAAACAAGGACGGUGAAAAAUGUUUGUGCUCCUGCUGCUGUCAUUGAAGACAAGAUCUACAUCAUAGGAGGAUACACCAGGCGAAUGAUCGCCUACGACACCAAAGCCAACAAAUUUGUCAAGUGUGAGAACUUGAAGGAGCGACGGAUGCAUCACAGCGCUACAGUGAUCAACAACAAGCUGUAUGUCACCGGUGGACGCAUCCUCAACGGCCACGAUGUCAUCGAGGACUCCGACUGCUUCGAAUGUUACGACCCCAAGACAGACGUUUGGACCUCAAAAGGUUCUUUGCCGUACAAGCUAUUUGACCACGGCUCCCUGCCGCUAGUCUGUGUUUCUAACAGACCCAACCCACCAUGACCCACCAACUACACAAAUGAACCACUUUAACCAUUUUAAACUGACUGCAUUCCUUCAUGCAGCUCAGUCUCUGCCAUAACUUAGCAGCACGUUAGGCCAGGCUAACUUGCAUUUGAAUCAAAGGGGAGCUCAGCAGAUGAGCAGAGGUGUCAUCCCUAAGACACCUGGGGUGGAUCUGAACUGAGAACCCACGAGAUGACGAGAGGCAGACAUGCUUACACAACAAGCAGCUGUUCAGACACAUAGGCUAAUCCAAAAAGCUCUUUCCGUAGAUGGCUGCGCGCGUUUGAUGGUAACUAAGUGUUAAUGCUUUAAUUUCCCAGACAUUUAUACACAGCAUACAACUGCCUGGCAGCUGCAGUUGAAUUCCCUCUAACAAUUAAAUACAUAGGGAAUGGCUGCUUGUUAACUCCGUGAAAAUAACAGAUCAGAUAGCCAAUAUAAUUUGCACUUUAUAGUAAAUACAUUCCUCCUUGACCCACAUGCUUCUAUCAGAGUGCACUCGCUGAAAUGUCAAUGAGAAGCACAAUUUCACUUAAACAAAAUGAUCUGGGCCAACUUUAUUCCAAUUUAGCUGGCUGACUUUGAGAACCCCCAACGAAGCAUGUUCUCUAUAAUUGUCUCAUGAAUGUU